AUUUGUGCUUAGUUUCUCAUGUAAUUGUUUUGUGUUUUUGUGUGAAUACAAUUAAUUCUGGCCUUGGUAGUGCUGUGUCGAAAUUAAGAUCUGUUGGAAUUUAAUAAUGAUGUGAAGUGAUUAGAGGCCUUACGAAAAAGUUAUUAAAGUUUGUGAAGAAAGUCACAAAAUUAUUGUUCAAAAUGCCAUUUGUGCAACGGCAAAUAGAACCUAAGUACAUUGCACGUCGAUCAUCUGCCAGUAAAAAGUCAACGUCAGGCUCGUCACCUUUAAGGGACAAUGAGUUGGAAACAAUUACAAACUUAACCCUCAGCAAUGCUAUGCGACAGUUAGCAUCGUUAUUGGCACUGUCGAAGGAAAUUUUUACGGAAUUGAAUAAAGAAUUGGAAGGUAUAAGCGAAAGAUCAACGAGAUUAAAAACGAAAAUCAAUACUCUUCAAAAUAAAGUCGACGAUCCAUCUUAUGAUGCAAAACUUGUUGUUGUUCCUGAAAGCGACCUAGUGACAUUUGUUCAGAUUAAGAAUCAUUUCAAGACUGACUAUGUUAUCACUACGAAUCUUUUCACCGUUGAAUCACGCACAGAUACAUUACAGAAAAUGUAUGAGAAUGCUGCAAAAACGCCUGUUCCAGCGAUUGAAGAGAUGGAUAAGAUUCUAGGUCAUCGUGAUCGACGAAGCUCUGAUGCUUUCAUCUGCACACCUAUUUUGGGACAAGUGCGACGUCGAAUGAAGAACAGCAUUGACAUUGAAAUCGAGACAAACAUGCCUGCUGCUGUAAAAGAGUUGAGAAAAUGGACAUCAAACGAAGCUAUUGGAGAUAUAACAGUUGCCCCAGAUUGCGUUGCAAGGGUUGGACACAAUACAUCAAUGGCGGAACAAAGUUUAGUUUCUAAUCGCGCGGGAACGUCUUUCGACUGUACUGAUGAUGUUACAGUGAUAAGCGUUAAUAACAAUAACAGCAGGAGAUCAGAAGAUGAUAAAGAUGAGCCACUUGACCAUAGAUUACCAUCGCCUGAGGAACAAUGCUUGAUAUUAGCAUUAAAAUAUCCCGCACAAAUCGUUAGAGUUGAUACAAGUGGUAAACGAUUCGAUCGUCAAUCAGCUGCAAGAAAGUCUCUGUUGCAUGUACAAACAGGAUUGCAUGCAACAGAAGACGCAAAUGACAGCAGCAACACGGAUUCCGUUAAACGACGUUCGCGUUCUAGAAAACCGCGAGGCAAUCGCCGUAACACAAUCGCUGGAACCGAUCAAAAGGAAAUCGAAGGAAUAUCUGAUAAUGGCCAUGCGGAUGAAGGCGAAAUGUUAGCUUGUCAUGAAAGUGAAGUCACAAUCGUUCCCCGUAGCAAGUCUAGCGACGUUUUGAAGAAAGAUUCAUUGGCAAUUGAGGUGAAACGCUCUUCAUCACAUUUCAACUCAUUGAAACAAUGGGGAAAGAGUCGGUUGCGAAUGAUUAAUCGAUUAAGUGGUACAAGCGACGAUACGACUCGAAGUAGCUUCAGACACAAACCGAAUUCCGAUGAUAUCGAUGACUUUAAUGUCUUGGAAGCGAUUAACAAAAGACAAAAGAAGAUAAACGAUAAAGAUCGACGACUUUCACAUGAACGAAAGCCAUCUUACUCUUCAUCCGAACGAAGUUUGACAGUCAGUUCGGGAUUACCAACAACCACAAAGAUGCAAACGGAAAUAAAUGGAUCGACAUUGUUGCCUGUGAAAAUGCGUGAACCGACAGUGCUUCGAAGACAUCGUCGUGGUGGAUUUGGGAAUAAAGACGAACCUCAUUCAUCAAGUGGAAAUUGGAGUGCAAGUUCAGAAUCUGGUCGAACGUCGAUUGGAAGUGAAAUUACAACAACAACGACACAUCCCAAGUCGAGUGCUUCAAGUUCAUCACUUAAUCAUAAUAAUCACACAACAUCUUCCGGUCCCCCAAGUUCUAUCAUCAGUCGAAGAAGAUUCUUAAAUACUUCAGCUUCAAGCAGCAUCACAAGUGAAGGAACGGCAACUCCAGAGUUGCAAAUGUUUGAUGGAUUGCAUGACGAAGGUGAAACAAGUUCAGUUUAUUCCUGUGACACUGAAGGCUAUUACACGAGCUUCCAUGUUGACUCGGGAUUAAAAACAUUAAAAGAAGAAGAGCCGAUCACACCAAUGCAUUCUUCAAUGGCUUUGUCAAGUACAAACUCAUUUGAAAGUUCUGGCAAUCAAACGGUGAUCUCUCCUGAAAACGAAUAUGAACUUUUUGGAAAAGGAUCGACAACGACGAGUAGUUCAGCGGGAACGGUUUGCACAGCUGUGCUUUCUCAUUAUGAGAAUGAUCGAAUGGGACCUUCAGUGCCCGAACGUAAGAGUUCAUUAGGGAAGUUAAAUCGUAGUGGAAGUUCAACAAGUUCGAGUACAUUGGUUCGAAGUUGUUCAACAAGCACUGUUGGAAGCACACUCGAGAAAGGUGCAACAAUUAAGCGAAACGGCGUUUUGUUACAAAAAGAAGUGUCGGCUUUGGUUCAUCAACAUAAACAAGAAAAUAUUAUAAGUCGAGGUGAGUCACCAGACAGCGGCAACAACACAAGCUCGUCACCAAUUGAUUCAAAUUCGUCUCCAACUAAUCAGAAUACUCACACUUAUUCCGAAUUUGAAUGUUCUGAAUCAUCUGACUUAGAAUGUGUUGAAAGGACAGAAAGAAUAAGAAUUAAAACAAACAUCAAUACAAGUAGAAUUCCAUCAAUGUGCGUCAUUACUCCAUCUCCUAGUGAUGAUGAAAGUAAACCGACGAUGAAAGACGAGAAAAUAAAAAUAAAAGAAAAUUUCCUGAACUUGGACAAAGACACUGGUUAUGCAACUGUUAUGCAAUCUGAAACUAAGAUUUCUAGGAAAACGUCGCCAUUGUUACCACUGAACAGCAUGCUAGGGAAACUAAAAGGCGUUCUACAUCCACUGAAAAAAUCACCGAAUAAAGAAAUUGCUUCGCUUAAAAAUGAUCUACAAGAUGAUUAUGUGACAAUUGCUGACAUACACACACCUAAAAAGACGUCAUCAACAUCAAACGGUGUUUACUAUUCAAGUGAUAUUCUAAAGCGUAAUCUUGCAACGGUUUUGUCUGGAAAUCUUAAUGAAGAGACCGAAUAUGUUUCACUAAAUGAGUUGCCAUGCAAUGUACGAACGGACGGCCAUCUAUUGGCGAUUAGUGCAAACGAGAAAGAUGAAAAAAUCGAUAAAGAUAAAAAGAAUGGUGGGAGUGAAAACAGGGGUGCUGUUGUGAAACUUGAUGCGCAUGGCAAACCGAUAUUUGACAGCAAUAGCUUGAAAAGGAAAAAAGGCGCAAUCACAACAUUUUCCCCUGGCCCAUGUGUUAAAGAUACAACAGAAUCCAUUACAACAACAACGACCGUAGUGAGUGGUUCACAAUCAUCAACGAAAAAUAUUUCAGAGAAUCAUAACAUAAAAGACAAUUCAUCACUGAAAUCUGAAGCGCAAGAAGGAAAGUCAAGUGCAGGUAUUUAUCGAAGGCCAGUGAAUAAUAUUCGACCAGUUGUAUCACAACGAAAUCUCAAAUCCAGUGAAGUUGCGAACGAAAACAAGAAACAAUUAGAAUUGAAAACAAACGCAGUUGAAAAUUCAAAGACUGAUACGAACUCAAUGUCGACGACAAACAACAUUAGUCAGAUUUCUCGACCCAAUGGUUCGGUUGCAUUAAAUCUUAAUUCGAUUUCAUCAAAAACUUCUGCCAACGGUGCAGUUCGAGGCGCAUAUGUGAACAUUCAAGAUUCAGCACCAUUGAGAAAUGGUCCACCAAUUUACUCUCCUCCAUCUCCCUCAAGCGCUGUUAAUGUAUUCGCUCAACAACAGCAACUUGAAGACUAUCAACGUUUUUACCGUGACAAUGAAAUGAUGUCGUCUUCGUUUAAUUCCGCUUAUCAAUGGUCACCGGAAGAAAAUGAUUUUGAUGGUUCUGCUUUAAAACGGGGCAAUAAUAACAUUUAUUGGACCCUUCAAACACGAUCGAAGACAGGCCAUCAUCAAUAUUCGAAUGACAAUGCUUAUCAGAUUCGCGAUGAUGUGAGUCAGGAAACACGAUCAAAGGAUAUUGAAAGUUUAUAUUCAACGCCUAAUAAAAAUCGUAAGAAUCAAUUGCGGACAACACCGUUAGGCUUUGAAUUCUUUUCACCUGUUGCUCCUUCGAAACUAAAUGAAAGGAUUAUUGAAGAAGAGAAGGAAAUUGACUCCAAAGACAUCAUGUCACCCAUUGAUCCACGUAACAACGGCGUCUUUUCUACGUCAACACCUCAACGAAAUCCUAAUUUUAGCACAAUGUCUCCGUCAAAAACGUCACUGACAGAAGAUUUAAGAUCGAGAUUGAGAUUGCAAAAUCCCGGCAUUCGUUCUCAUGGCAAUUCACCAAUCAGUUCUGGCCGAUCGACACCAAAAUGUGUUUUCGAACCACAACAACAGUCGCGUUCUCGUCAUAGUUGGUCGACAAAUAAUGUCGAAAUUCCAUCAACAUCAACAUGCUCUGAUAGACUUGGAACGCCAAAGACAAGUCUCAUGGAUUUCAAGAAACUUUUGCUCAAUAAAAACACUUCAACACGUUCUGGUAAAAUAUCUGCAGUAGAACUUUUGAAACAAUCGAAAACUAAUGCUCAAAAAUCACCAUCGCCAACGCCGGGAAGUCUUAAUAACAGUAUGAACAUUUUAGAUUUGAGUAGCUCGCCAAAAACAUUCGCAACAAGACGAAUGAUUCGACAAGGUCAGUUUGGAUCGAAUUUAUUAACCAAUUCGCCUUCAAAGACAAAUAAUAAGCAGAAGCAUACUUGGCGAAUGCAAAAUAUACGAACGGAUGUUAUCUCAACAUCUAUUCCCGAGGCAGCUAACGACGAGGAGCAAGAAAGCGCAACUAGUAAUAAUAAUCAACAACGAAACUUAAUCGAAAUGAAGAAAUCACCUGAAAUUGUAAUUAAAGACGUGACUGAAGUUGAAGCAGAGGUCGAACAAGAGAAAGCAUUAGAAGCUAGCAAAGUUACAAGUUUUAAAGAAAACUUGUUCAUUAAGCAACAAGAAAACAAUUUUACAGAGAAUGAGAUUCGUGAACAUAUGAAGGCAGCAACUAUGAACAUGCAACAACAACGUGCUCAAUUUUUAUUUGGUGUAAAUUCACCAACAACAUUAAAUGCUUCCAACAUUGCGACGCUUAACAAUAAUAAUAACAACAAAACAGUGAAUUUGAAAAGUGGAAUCAUUCCACCGCCUAAAGAAACAUCGCCUAAGCCAAGCAACAGCAAUGCGACUGCUUCACUUGAAACAGCGCUUUGAUACGAAUACAACAACUUGAAUUUGAAUUAUUUACAAGCUCAUUCUCAAGCUAAUACAAAUGAAAGUGAAUGGUCGAAAUGAGGUUUUGCUUUUCCUUUUUAUGUUAUCACAAACGGUAAUCUGUAAAUAUGAACUCACUCCACGCAUUUAUGAAAAAAAAAUUUCCCCUCGUUUCCUCAACGGACCAAAAUAAUGUUUUUAAAUGUAAACAGACACAAGAUACAUGUAAAAAUGUUUGUUCUGCAGGUACGAUCGUCUAUACAAUUUCAUCGAUAUUUAAACAUUUUUCCAUUUGUUUGAAUAACAUUUUCAUCAAAAAUGUGUUUACAAGUUUACAUUUAUACAAUUAUACAAUUAUAAAGAGUCGUAAAAACGCUGGUCAAUUAAAGAGAGUCUACUAAAUGAAGGAAUUGCUUUGUUAUAUAAAAAUUUUUAAAUUAUCAAACCUUAUUUAUUUAAUUUACUCCCUAGUUGUUUGUUUUGAUUUUUUUUUAGAAAUAUUCAUUCUAUUUAUUUCACCUUUAUUUUUAUUUAUGUAAAUUAUCGAACCAAUUAUCGUUGGCCCUUCAAAUUUGCUACCCCAAUUUUUACUUUCUUUUGCUUUAUCACGAUUAUUUCUUUUCCGUUUUGUUUUCAAAGCUUUUGACAUUAGAAUACCCCCCUAAAUAUUCAAAAAAAAUAUUAAUAAUAAUCAUCCACGUCGUCGAGGUAAUCGAUUUUUUUACUACAUACAUUUAUGAAGGAAAUAUGCUUUAGAAUAAUUAAUCAACGAUAAAACGAAAGGAUAUGUUAUACAAUUUGAAAGCUAAUAAAGAAAAGGAGUCUUUUUGAUAGGCUCAAAUAUCGAAAG